AUGGAUAUCAAGAAGACGAGCGUCGAGCUUCAAGAGCAUGUGCAAGACCCUACCUCUCAAAAUGGAACAAACCCUUGGAACGAACGUUUCAACGGCGAGACCGAAGAAUGGCGGGCGGCGAUGAACAAAAAACUCCUGAGAAAAGUCGACUCGCGCCUCAUGCCAACCCUCGUUAUCAUGUAUCUGCUCAACUUCCUCGAUCGCUCUAACCUAGCCCAGGCGCGUCAAGGGUCUCUCGAGAAGGACCUAGGCAUGACAGGCACAGAUUUCAACCUUGCCACCUCCAUCUUCUUCGUCGGAUAUCUCCUCAUGCAGCUUCCUUCCAACGUCCUGUUGACUCGUCUGCCUCCUUCCAUCUAUCUUGCCACAUCAUGCUGCCUCUGGGGUGUCGUCUCGACCUGCAACGCAGCGGCUCACAGCUUCACCCAACUGAUUGUCAUCCGCUUCUUUCUCGGUUUCGUCGAGGCUCCCUUCUUCCCAGGAGCUGUGUUCCUCAUGAGCUCUUGGUACACUCGUGCUGAGUUGACACAGCGUAUUUCUUGGCUAUAUGCUGGCAACGCGCUGGCUAACAUGUUUGGUGGCGUCAUCGGAGCCGCCAUCCUUGGCAACCUCGACGGUGUUCAGGGGCUUGCUUCAUGGAGAUGGCUCUUUAUUAUUGAAGGGGUUGUCGCGAUUGCCUUCGCCAUCUGUGCUGCCUUCAUCCUCCCGAACUAUCCCCACUCCACCAAAUGGCUAUCUGAAGAGGAGAGGGCCUACGCCUGCUAUCGACUGGUUCAAGACGUCAACGAGGAAGACACCUACGGCGGGGAGCAGACAAUCUGGGAUGGUAUCAAGCUGGCUGUUCGGGACUACCGUCUCUAUGUCUUCGUCCUCCUCCAGCAUAUCAGCUUGGUCUCGCAAACUUUCCAAUAUUUUUUCCCUACAAUUGUUGGCACGUUGGGUUACGACAAGAUUACGACCCUAUGGCUCACAGCCCCAGUCUGGUUUGCCACCUUCCUUGUCUCCAUCGUCGUUACAUGGACAUCCUCGAAAACAAACGAUCGUUCUUUGCAUAUUUUUGGCCUGAUGAUUGUGUCCGCCAUUGGAAAUGCUAUCGCUACAGGCACUACUGUUCUGGGAGCCCGGUACUUUGCCAUGUUUCUGAUGCCAAUGGGCGCAAUCUCGGCUUAUCAAAUUAUCGUUUCAUGGGUCGCCAACUCUUUCCCUCGACCAGUAGUCAAAAGAUCUGCUUGUAUCGCUGUCGCCAACAUGAUUGGAAACACGGCCUCUAUCUAUGGAAGUUACAUGUAUCCCAGCAGCUCUGGUCCUCGGUAUAUUCCUGGAGGAAGCGCCAACGCUUGCAUGUGCAUCUUAACUGCCAUUCUAGCACUCGUCCUGCGAUUUGUUCAUAUUCGCGAGAAUAAGAAACUGGAAAACUCUGAACAAGAAGUUGAAGGGGCCAAGGUGGCUGCUGAUGCGACUCAAGAGAGGAGGGCUGCUGGAUUCAGAUACAUCUAUUAG